UGGCUAAAUAUUCCAGAUUAAGUACAUUGAAGGAGAAAGGAAAUAGGGAGUUUUUCAGCUUCCUUUAUCUGCAAAAAGAGCCGACUCUCCAGAUAUCAAUAUGGAAAAAAGAUAAGGAGAGAAAAGAGAAGGGGGUGCCACAAUGCUCCACUUUCCAGGGGACAUUGAUGGAGGCAUUAGGUUACCUCGGCUGUGUGAAUUAUUCAGCGAUUGUAGACAUGUACAGAGCAUGUAUGAGCUGUCAUCACAUGGCGGGGCCUCAUGGAGGUUUCGGCGGACGGGCCGCAGAGGUCAGGUUGAGCAGUCGAGAGGUGCAGGGAGUUUAAUGGAAGAGGGUGUGUUUGUGAAGAAGGUAAGCUUUUGCUUCAUAUUUAUCAGUAGGUGGAGGUGGUAGUGUUGAUGUAGAGGCUUGAAAAUGUCACUUCUAAAUAUGAAGCUGAAAUAAUAGACAAAAUUUGUGCUUUUAUUUUAUAAAUAUUGAGGCUACUUUGCAAAAAAACGCUUCUUUUCACAUUUUUUUAGUUAAAAAAAGUAAAAUAAAUGAUGGAAAUAUAGGAAUUAAUCAAUAAAUAUGAAAAAUAUUAUUUUUUCGAACACUAAAAUGAGCUGAUAUAACGCUCGGUUAUGUAACUGUCUUUCCUUUCAGCUUUCUCCUUGACAACUUGGCCUUUCUGUUGAGGCGUUUGAUCUUUGGAAAUGCCAUUCAUGCUUUCUCUUUUUCCUUCAGCCUCUGUGAUUUUCUUUUUCUUUUUUUUGCUCCUUUGAGGCUAAAAUAAAAAUAACACAGGGCUGCCUGCUUACAUGGAGUUGUGCUGGCCUACAUACGGCUCCGCUGGGCUUUGAAGUGCAGGAAACACAGCUUCAAAUUUAAAAUGCGAACUCACCGCUUUAGGUGCUAAUUUGAGUUUUCGUCUAUUAUUAAAUAACGCCUCAGCUCGUCUGUCUGAUCCUGAGAGGUUGACGCUCCUUUCUCUUUUCCUCUGUUUUCCUCUAGUUUCUCCUGAGCUUCUGGGUGUUCUGUCUUCAGUCGUCGCGUUCAUGGCGCUGAUGGCUCUGUUUUUUCUUUACCUCAGCAACAAACUGUCUGUGGAGAGUUCUGACAACUUUGUCCGACUAAGCGGCUGCAGGAGCGACCAGAGAGCACAUGGCGUGACGCUGGCACCGCGCUCUGCCAACAACCGCAUGUCCGUGUUCUGAUGAGCUAAUCUAGCGGUCAGCGUGCGACAGGAUCCCCGCCGGAGACAUGGCCUUCUUCAAGAGCUUCCAGCAAACCCUCCCAUCUGUCAACAUUUCCUCCAUCCUGGAUUCGGUCACCAGCCGCGUGGACGACCUGGCCAACGCCGUCAGCGACGCCACCUACGCGGUGAGCGACCAGCUGACCGAACAGGUCACGACCAUCAUGAACAAGGUGCAGGAGGACGAGGUGGUGGAAAACGGGAACGCUCCGGAGAGGGAUCAGGCCGCACCGGAAGGGAAAACCUUCUGGCAAAUGUCGAGUCGGGACUCGGACUCGGGCAACGCCGCCUCAAAGAGCAAUCAAAGCAACGAUGGGGCGGAGGGCGAGAACGCCCAGAGCCAGAUGGAGUGGGAGUGGAGGGACGGGUGCUGGCGAGUGAAGAAAACAGAGGCUGAGCUGGAAGAAGAAGAAAAAAGGAAGAAGGAGGAGAAGGAGCUGCAGGAGAGGAGGGAGCAGAGGAGGAAAGAGAGGAGGCAGAAGCAGCUGGAGAAGGAGGCCAUGAGUCAAAGGAUGAAAGAGGAGCAGGAAGAGGAGCUUCCAGACACACUAGAAACCAGCAAAGAUGAGGAGGAAGGUACUGCUGAAGAAGAGACCGGCGCCUUAAAAAGCGAAGAGGAGGAAGGCCCAGACAAAAACGAGGAGGAGGCUCCCUCUUCCAAAGAGGAAAAGAAGAAACCAGACAAGAAAUCUGAAAAGCACAAAAAGGAGAAAGGAGACGCAGAAGAAGUUGUAUCAGGCAGCGAAGAGGAAAAAGACCCCGAGGCGGCGACUCCGGAGAAGCCGGCGUCUGCGUGGAGCGGCAGAAGCAAACAGUCCAGCGAGCAGGAAGGCUGCAGCAGCGAGGCCUCCAGCGAACAGGUCGCCAGCAUCCAGAGGAUGAGGAAGGACUCCUCCGUCAGCGAGCUGCAGCCUCCUCCGUACCAGGACGAGAGCUCGGGGCCGCGGAGGUCCUCCCGCUCUCGCUCGGAGCGAGGGCUGAGGUCAUGUGACAGCCCCCCCUGCUCCAGCGAGGCCAGCAUGGACCAGGACGCCGAGAGCUGCCUCAACAAAGGCUGUGAGGAAGACAUUCCCAGUGACAGCACCGCCGUUCUGGGUCCAGAGGACGGUUCUGGUCCCCGGCUCCCGAAGCUCUACGAACCCGAGCCCCUCGCCAAAUACGGCACGCUGGACGUUGCUUUCGAAUACGACUCCAGCGAACAGUGGCUGGCCGUCACCGUCACCGCGGCAACAGACAUCCCCGCCCUCAAACAGACCGGCAACAUCUCGUGGCAGGUCCACCUGGUUCUCCUGCCCACCAAGAAGCAGAGGGCCAAGACAGGCGUCCAGAAGGGGCCCUGUCCUGUUUUCACGGAAACAUUCAAGUUUUCCAGGGUGGAACAGGAGGCUCUGGGGGACUGCGCCGUCCGCUUCCGCCUGUACAGCAUCAGGCGCAUGAAAAAGGAGAAGGUCUUGGGGGAGAAGGUGUUCUACCUGACUAAGCUGAACCUGCAGGGAAAGAUCGCUCUGCCGGUCACGCUGGAGCCCGGCUCGGAGCUCACAGGUUGUGGAUCUCUGGUGAGUGUGUCCCGCAGCGCGGGCGCUCUGUCCUACCGCUCAACCGAAGACUCCUUACCCGAGAUCCUCCUGGGUCUCAUCUACAAUUCCGCGACGGGACGACUGUCAGCAGAGGUGAUCCAGGGGAACCACUUCAAAACCGCGGCGUCGGACAAACCCAUCAGUGAUCUGUUCUGUUGUGUGAAACACUUCGUGGGGGGACAGCUGUAUAUCAUGAGAGACACCUAUGUGAAGCUGACCAUGCUGGACUCCAAGGGCAAAGAGAUGUCCAAGUGCAAGACGGCCACGUGCCGCGGUCACCCCAACCCCACCUACAAGGAGACCUUCGUCUUCCAGGUGGCGCUCUUCCAGCUGUCCGAGGUGUCGCUGGUGGUGUCGGUGUUCUGCCGGCGGAGCAGCAUGAGGCCCAGGGAGAGGCUGGGCUGGGUGUCCCUGGGCCACAACAGCAGCAGCGAGGAGCAGCAGGUCCACUGGACGGAGAUGAGGGAGGCGGAGGGGCAGCAGAUCUGCCACUGGCACACGCUCACCGACACAUAGGACGAGCUGAACUUUCAGAAGAGCAAAGCUGCUGUUGUUGGAUUCAGGUGUGAAUUCACAGAUCCACACGUUCAGGGUGGCUGUGAGGAACCAGUUCACUGGAAUCGACUGCCUCUAAUUACAGACUUUUCCAUCUUUUCUCGUGAUUCCGCUCACAGAAAUCGUUUACAGAACAACGUCAAGACACUUCCCAAACUAUUUCUGCCUUUCGAUCUGGGACCAAAGAGCUCGGUCCGGCACUGGCAGACGUCUUCCUUCUGCUUCUGGGCUUCAGCUGUUACCAGCAAAUCAACCGUAGCCUCUGUCCACAGAGAAUGCAACGACUGUUAAAGGGCCUCCAACAUGCUGCAACUAUGUACAAGCUUUUUUCUACGGUGUGUUUACAUUAACAUGCUGUUAUGCAAGAUGUACUGUUGUUUUAGUAUGUAUCAUGGAUGGAGAACAGGGGUCCCCAAACUACAGCCCGCCUCCACAUUUGGUCCGGCCCCCCAGCUGAUCAAGACCCUCAUAGAACGUGACUUUGUUUCCCCCUUUUGCAGUUUGAACUAUGACAGGAGAGGAUAGAUCAUUUAUUGGUUCAAUAGUGAUUCACGUUAUCUGUAUUUCUUUAUUAUUAUUAUUUUUUGUAUGUUUUUUGGAUGUCCAUAGCUCUUUAGCUCUUUAAGCUAUUUAUUUAUGGUAGCUUUUUAGACCGUUUUGGCACUUACUAUGGAUUUCUAGGCUGUUUGGGGGUUUAGCUCAUAUUUUAGCCACAGGCUAACUGUUUUGGCAAAUGUAGGAUUUUUUUUAGUUUUUUAGGCAAAUUUUGAGAUAAGCUCAUAUUUAAGCUACAUGCUAGCUGU